AUGAACAAAUUACUUACUCUACUUAAUACAAGGAGACUAUUUGAUUGUCGGUCUAUUGCUACCAGGAUAUCUGCAAAUGGAAAAGAUGUUCCCAAAAAGCCAAAUAUUGAAAAUCGAAUCACCUUGAUUGGUAUUGAUAAUUCAGUGAGCAUAACAGAUCUUAAGAAUGCUCAAAAUUUAUCAUCCAAGCGUGAGUUAAAAUUGGUUAAAAUCCAAGAUGUCGAUUCGAAAACAAGACGUCCAGUUUAUAAAAUGAUGACCAAUGCCCAGUAUCAUGAAGAGGAGCUAUCUAGAAGAAUUGAAAAACAGUCAGCAUCAGAAAAUAAAUCCCUGAAAGGACCAAAACUUAUAACCUUGUCAGCAAGAAUAGCCGAACAUGAUUUACUUACAAGUGUUAAGAAGAUGGGAAAAUUGCUUGAAAAAAGCUAUGAAUUAAGGAUCAUAGUAUCAGGGGAAGCGAAUGAACAAAUAAAAUUGGAAAAGAUAACAACAAUAAUAGAAAGAAAUUUAAAGUCUAUUGGUAAAAUAGUACAAAUUAGAAACAAAGGCAGUAAUUUACAUUUCAACUUAGUUCCAGUUAGGAAUAACAACAGCAAUGAAGCAAAAAAAGGAUCAGAUUGUACACAAGAUAAUAAUGAUGACAAAAGGCCACUA